UGCGCGUUGGCGUAGUUUGAAAUAAUUUCCAAGAGUAUUUGUGUUACUCACCGAUAAACAAGAAUGUUUCACUCUCAACGUCAUAUACAAAGAAAUGUAAUACAGGAUUGGCUUUAUCGUGGAGUAAGCGCAUGCUGAAAACAUCCCUUAUUGAUCGUAGCACACUUCGCACCCUCAGAACCUCGGCGAACUUUGAGACGCCACCAUCGUUGUCCAUUUUCGUUUUUCACUCUUUUUUCUUCUCGCAAAAAACCUUGAACAACAUUUUCCAAAAUGGCCAUCCACGUCUUCUCCAAAGAGACCUUUUACCUGUGGUGUCUUUUGGGAACUGUCUUCAGCAUUCCCAGUUCAACUUCUCUCCCUCAAGGCAGAGAUGAUCGCCCCUUUACAACAACCCGAAAAAGUAAAGUUAUUAUCGACAUGGACAAUCUUCCUAAAGUGAAAUCAUCUUGGCCAGUGGAGAAUUUGGAGUUAUUAAAGUCAACGUCAGCGACAAGUGCUGCAACGACAUUACUACCAAAAUCAACAACAACGCCAAGAAUAAUAAACGAAGAACAACCACUUUAUCGUGUUAAUAGUAGCAAUGGACGUGCAUGUAUUCUUCUGCAAGUGGACGCUGUAGUCGAUAUUCCUUAUCGUACCAAAAUUGGACAGGAAGAGGUGGCAAGUGUGUACAUACCUCCAGAUGCAGAAGUAACUGGCGAUUGUAAUGAUGAAAAUACGGUAAAAAUGUCAUUGAGAUGGAAGACAUUUAUCCUGUCGUGGAGUUUUGCCAAGACACCAGGUCGUGAACGAUGGUAUGUCGAUAAAAUUGAGCUGACCUUCAAUACGAGUGACAGACAUUUUGAGCAUAUCGAUCAGCCAAAUAAGACUAUAAGGUUGAGCACAGACAAAAAGCACACUGCCUUGCUUUUCCCAACUCCAGUAGGAAAAUCUUAUUCUUGUUCUCAAGAAACAGUUAUUCCCUUAACUUACGGCAAAAUGACUGCUAAACUUCUUUUAAGGGCGAUGAAAUUACAACCUUUUAAGUUUAAGACGAAUGAUUUUGCAGCUGAAUAUAAUUGCGACACAUUAAAUGCUCGUGUCUCGAAAGAUGAAACUGCACCAAUAGCAGUGGGUUCAACUCUCGCAGCCGCUGUUCUUCUCACAGUUACUGGAUACGCUGGAUAUCGAUAUUUUGUAGUUAAAAAAGUUAAGUAUGACACAAUGGAGUAAAUUUUUAGAGAACUCUGGAAAAUAUAAUUUUUAUUCAUUUUUUUCAAUAUAUAAAGGUCCAUUGAUAACGUAUAAAAUUUUAUACGAGAAAGGCUAUAAAAAAUGAAUGCUUGUUUUUAGAGAAACAAACAAAAAAAAUUAUAGAAACGCUAGUUAGGUGUAUUUUAUCAAAAUCUUUGUUACAUGAAAUAAUUCUAUUAUAAUUUUCUGAAAAUUUCUUUUUCUUUUUCUUUUUCUUUUAUCUUCCAAACUUUUAGAUCACCGAUAAAUUAAGGUAGAUAGAAAUAUAACUAAAUAUAAAGAAAAUAAUUCAGCUUUACCAGAGAAAAAAUAGAAUUCAUCCAUAUAUAGUAGUUCUCCGGAGAUCUACAGUUUUUCGAAAAAUUUUAUUUCAAUAAUAGGGAUAAAUUUAAAAAAGAAAUCAAAUGAAAGCUUAGGAAUAAAAGUUCCAUGAAUCAACAUAUAUUACUUUUUGAUUUUGAAAAUUAGGUAACUCCCAAAUAAUUUUAUAAUUACUGAUGAAAAAGACCUAAAUUUUCAUUGGUGAGGUGUUUUUCGACUGCUAAAGUGUAUUAAAUCGAGAAUCAAGUCCUGACUUUUAUGUAAUAAAAAUAAAGAAUAUGUGAAACUUGAAAAGUUCACUAAAGUACGUUAAGAGACUAUUUAUCUCACCAGCAGUAAUUUUAAAAAAUAUAAAUCUAAUACUAAACUUUUCAUUUCUUUCUCAAAUUAAAUCUUCGCACACAAAAUGAGAGCAUAUCAGUCUUUAUAAAUUUUUCUUUUCAAGUAAUUUAAAUUCGUUUUCUCGAAUCCAUUAUUAUCAAUAUUAUUAGAUAUAAAAAUUCUUAUGAUUCGUAUGUAUAACAAAAAUUUAAAAAGGAGAAAACAGAUUUUUUUAAACGAAUACUUUAUCAGUCAUUGAAAAUCUGAAAUCUAAUCAUGUUAUAAUCAUCUUAAAAAUCUAGUGAUAGUUUAAAACCCUUUAUAAAAAUAAGUUUGUCUUUACAAGAUUACAAAGAGUUUCAAGUCUUCUCUAAAAGUUUAUAUAUUUUACGAAUGCUUGAGACCUUGUAAACCGCAAACUCUUAUGGUUGUAUGGCUAGAAUUUUCAAAAAGAAAGAAAAAAAAUUUUUAAAAAAUACGAGCACCAAUUAGUUCAUGCGUAUUUCGAUUAUAAAAGAAAAAACAGCGAUAUUUAGAUCAAGUUUGUGUCGUUAAAAAAAAAUAUAGAAUAUCUUGAAAUAACUGUUUUCUACAAUGUUAGGAAUAUAAGAGAGUAAAAAUGAUUGAUAUAAUCGCCGCGUGUAUAAUUGAUAUGAAAUGACAAGCCCUCCGAGGCAGCUAAUUUUCUCUAGAUAAUAUUAUAUAUUUCAAAACUAGUUAAUAUUUAAUUCCCCUUAACUCAAAUCUAGAAUAUAUUCAAUAUUGUCAUCAAUUUUUAAUUUAUCAUUUUUUCUACCAAACAAAAAAAUCAAUUCUUACUAAUUAAAUACAUAGCAAUAUUUUUUUUAAGUAAAAAAAAUACCGUUUAUAGAAAAAAUUCAAGAACAGUGUAUUAUUGACUAAUUCCAUUUCAUACGAAUUUUUGAAAUUAUUUACUCAAAGACCUACAAUUCUUAUUUAACUUGAUAAAAUGUAAAUCAAGAAAAACUCGAAUCAAUAUUAAAGAAUUUGGUGCUUUUACAAAAUUGAAUUAAUUAAAAUUAUUACAAAAAUUAUAGUUAUUUUAAAACUUAAUUCAUUUUAAACAAAAAUUCAAUUUUUCAAUCCGAAAAUUAUUAUUCAAGAAUAAUAAAAUA